UUUUCCUCUUGAUGUUACUGCAGCCAUCCUUCCGCGCUGCCUGUUGGGUGAGACCCAGUGUCAGACGUCGACCUUCGGCGCGACUAAGACUGCCCCAGCCGCUAGACGCCUCCCGCCGCCGGUCCUUCAUCGCUGCUUGCUGAGUGAGACCCGGCGCCAGACGGCGACCCUCGCCGCGACUAGGACUGCCCAGCCGCUAGAAGUCUCUCGCCGCCGGUCCUUCGUCGCUGCCUCUUAGGUGAGACUUCGCGCCAGAUGCCAACCCUCACCGUGACUGGGACUACCCUAGCCGCAAGACGCCUCUCGCCACAAAUUAGGUUUUUCUCUCAACACCAUCCUUCGUUGUUGCUGUCGCCGUCCUUCAUCGGGAGCAACCAUCAUACUACAAUUUCCUUAAGACGCCGUCCAACUCUCCGUCCCUGAGAAAUCCUGCAAAUUAAGGUUAUCUUAAUGAAAAUUUCCUACUUAUAAUUAAAACCUGGACUCUAAUUGAAAAUUUCCUCCUUAUCUUAAUGAAUCUUUUCGACUAUUUUCUUCUGUGCAAUGUUUACUGAUUAUUGUUUGUCAUGAAUUGAUCCUGUGAUUAUAAACUUGUUUAGCCUCUCAGUUGCAAGUCGUAUGAGCGAGCGAAAAAGAAAAUGGCAAUAGUUGAUGCCCCUAAUAUCCUUAGGAUUGUCUUGAAAUGGUUUCAAGUAAUUCUUGCGAGAAACAAUGAUGGUGUAUAAUUUGUUUUUCCUUGAAUAUAAUAAUACAAUUGGUUUGUUUACAUGUAUCUAUCUAUCCUGUUACAGUCUGGUAAAUUUGGUAAGCUCAAUAAAGUUGUUGGUUUUCCUGAAUACCUGGAUUUAGCUCCUUAUAUGCGCGGAACAACUGAGAAAUCUUUGGGGUACAAGCUUUAUUCUGUGGUGGUUCACUUGGAUGUUAUGAAUGCUGCAUUUUCUAGCCACUAUCUGUGUUAUGUGAACAAUAUACAAGGGAAAUGGUUUAAGAUGGAUGAUGCUGUGGUAAAACCCGUGGAAGUUGAACAAAUCAUGUCGCAUGCUUUUAUAUGCAAGAUGUUCACUGCAUCCUCCAAGCUUGACAAGUAGGACCUUGUCCCUAGACCAAGUACUGACUAAGAGGUGCAAGUUGAGAGAAGCUUGUUCUUCUGGUUAUGACACAGAAGAAACAAGUUAUAACCCCAUAACCACAACGCCUAAUCAACACCAUGAUGAACCAAAUCAGAUGGUAGAUUAUGGUUUCAACCUUAAACUUUGUAAUUCCAUUGACAGAAUGUUUCAUUCUCAGACAGAGAUACUUCGAGUGACAGUUCUUCCCAAUUCAGCUGCUCAGAUGAGGCUUCUUGCAGUACACAUAGCACGCGAAACUCAACAAGCACUGAAGAGUUCUCCGACUUCAUAUUUGGAAACUUGGAUCAACAAACUCAGCAGACUCCUUUGAGACACUCUGGAUGUAACUGUUCAACAAAAACAUGCAAUUGAGGGCCUAAUCGGUGACACCGA